AUGGGGGCAAUUCGAAUUGUGCCUUGUUUGCUGGCUGUAUGGUUGCUGCAACUGAUUCCAGCACAAGUUUGCGGCCAACCAGUGAUCUCCGGACGGAUUGUUGGGGGCCAAGCAGCCACAAAAGGGGCAUGGCCUUGGCAAGUCAGCGUUUUACGUUCUACCUAUUUUAUAUGUGGAGGCUCUCUCAUAGACAAGGAAUGGGUGUUGUCAGCAGCUCACUGCUUCUACAAAGCCACAAACCCUGAUGAAUAUCUCCUGUUAUUUGGAGCCUAUGAACUCUUAAACCUCUCAAAUGAUGUGGGAGUCAGACGUGUGAAAAGGAUAAUCCUCCAUAAUGACUACAAUGGUGACGAUGACUCCAGCGGGGAUGUCGCUUUACUUCAACUCUCGUCCCCUGUGGAUUUCACCAACAACAUCCUCCCUGCUUGUCUGCCAGAGUCAUCUGCAGAAUUCUAUGCAAACACCAAUUGCUGGGUAACAGGAUGGGGAAAUACACAACAUGAUGUGCCAUUAAACAGCCCAAUGACCCUCCAGGAAGUGAACCUGCCUCUCAUCAAACGAGAAACCUGCAACAGUUAUUAUAAUAAGCGUCCAGUCCAAGGUCUGAGCUCAAAUCCUGUGAAGGCUGAUAUGUUCUGUGCGGGUUAUGAAAUGGGUGGAAAAGAUUCUUGCCAGGGUGACUCUGGAGGACCUUUGGUUUGCAAAGUACAAGAAAGCUGGUUCCAGGCUGGAAUUGUGAGUUGGGGCGUAGGUUGUGCCCAGCCCAACUACCCCGGUGUCUACGCAUCAGUGCCUUACUAUUCCACGUGGAUCAGAGCUGGUUUGGAGGGUAGAGAUCCCAAUAGUGGGUCACAAAAUACACCCUUUCUUGCAAUCCUCAUGUUUCCUCUCCUAUGGACCCUCAUGUGAGAUCCCUGAGCUCUCCAACCUCUGCCUCACCACUCAUUGAAUGGAAUGUCAUGAUUCAGGGAAGACUGAUAGUGUUUCAGUUUAAUUAUGGCCCAGAUUUUCACAAAUAAUUAUAGGAGUAUCAGUAUGUAUAUCAAACAGAA